AUAUGGAAACUGUAUAUAAUGUAGAGCCUCUGAAAAUCAGCCACAGUGGAGUAAUUGGCAAGGAAUAUCUGUAACAGUCCAAAACACUCUGAAAAUCAUGUUGAAAAUUCCACUAUUUGUCCUCGUCACGAUUGUGGCGACCCUCAACCUUUCUCUAGCACAGAGUCAAAACGAUGCCAGCUCCGGUGGCCAACAUAGUUUCUUCGGCAUACCUAUUCCACAUUUCCCAUUUCAAAUACCCACUUUCCAAUUCCCCCCAUUCCAAUUCCCAGGUAUCAGAGAACAAGAAGCCGGGGGCCCACCCGCUGACGCUGCUGAUUCUUCUGCAGACCAUGCUUCCUCGGAACAACAUGAAGACCAUCAGGACAGAUUUUUCUUCAACCUUUUCCGCCCGGCUUCGACAUUAGUGUCUUGUAACUAUACCACGCAGGCCGGCGCCCGUUGCACCAGCUGCACCACCGCGUUGACCUGCGGCUCCGCUAACGUCGGCCGUCUUCAGGCAUGUCGCGGCUUCUUCCCCUACUGCAACCUCGGCCGGUGCUCUUUCUUCCCUGGAGAACUUUGUUCCAACUCUACUGGUUAAAUCAGAACCUGACACUGAACCUCAUAAUCGAUGAAAAAUUUCAACGACAUUUCUUUAAUGUAAUUAGAAUUCAUGGGGAGUAAAUUAUUUUAAUACAUAGAUUGGCGAAAUAAUUACUUGAGUUUCAUUUUUAUUAUUUAUCCAUGCUAAAUCAGGUUUAUUUUUAUAAUGAAAUAAUACAACAACUUGGCACGGUUGUCUAUAUUUAUUUACAAUAAACACGACAGUAAAAUUGAAUACUUAAUAUAAAUCCAUUUUAAAAAUAUUAGUGAUACAGUUACCUCAUACUUACUUUUCAGGAGAAAAUACUACCCUACAGUAAAAUAUUAUAUUUUUUUAAGAGUUAUUAUCGUUAUUAUGGUCACAUUCGUUCGUAUUAUUGUCAAAAAUUUUAGCCAAGAAACGUUACAAGAACAUGUAAAUGUUUACAGUAUAUAUUAUUGAUGGUUUUCAAUAGGUACCGAAAUCACGCGAAGAAAUCCUUUCUCUUAUCAGUAUCACAGGCUCCAUUUUUACUAAUAAAGAAAUGAAAAGAUACGUCGUAUAUAAAUAUUAAUUCUUUUUUUAAGCAUGUGUCUUACGGAAACGUAUCUUAUAUCUUUAUUAGUAGAAAUCAAAUCAAAUAAUAUAACUUAUUAAAUUAUAAAAAGCAAAAUAGGUAUCUUCUAUAUUUAUUUGUCAAACACAGCUAGUCUAGUAGUCUCACUAAAAAAAGAAAGACUUUAAACUACAAGGAUAUGUUGGUUUUAAAUGGUUUUACAAUGUUGAUAUCGAUUAGCGGUAAGAGAUCAAAAAGCUCUUUAAUUAACAUUGUUAUUAUAUAACAACUGCAAGAAGACUCCAGACAGUAAAUAGUACCUUAAGGCUAUGAUUUUAUUUAAGAAACUACGUAUUUGUUAUAUUGUCAAGACUAUCAUGUUUUUUACGUUUUUUUAUCAAUUCUUGUAUUGUGAUUGACAACAUAAACUUAUUUGAUUAGCUACACUAUAUCUGUCACAUGUUAAACUGGCCAAAGUCGUUUUGUAAAAAUGUCCGAUAUAUCCUAAGUAUCACUAGCCUAUUUAAAACUUAUAUUCAUGCUUAAUUAAUUCAUUGUCACAACAACAUUUAACAUCAAUACAUUAUAGUGUUUCAUUUAGAUUACAUUUAUUGUCUAUACUA